AUGGAUAGAUUCUACGCCGAACGACACUUUCCCCACCCGUGGCGCAGCGAAUCUUUGCAACCUGCCGAUUUUCCCGCGUUCUCGACCGCGGGUCACACGUGUCAUCAUUGUGCUUCAGCUCUUAUAUCAACCUCAAGCGUUGCCCCUGAGAGAAUCAAUAGAUGGGUCCUGAGGUGGAGAAACCUCUUGCCUCAUAACAUGCGGCAGGUUGCCGCUGCUAACGCUGAAGGAUGUCCAUUCUUCAUCUGGAUAUGGGGACAGAUCGAGAAGUCCAGGACACCGCCUGAGCAACUCUUGCGGACAAGGAUUUGCUUGGUGAUUGAAUCUGUCAAUGGAAUCAUCUCCGACGCUACUAAAUGCUCGAUUUUUCUGUCGACGAGCGACUACUCUUGGAGUCCAACAGGGGGUACUUUUGACAUUGAGUCUGACGCGUAUGACCCCUGCGCGGAUGAUGCCGUAGGGCAAACCAUAGAUGGCGGUACCUUUUCAGAGAGCGGCAUCGCUCAAAUCCGUCGUCGACUCCAGGUAUGCCUUGAAUCACACCCGUCUUGCCGACAAGGAACAGGUACUCGGCCUCUGCGGUUCAUCGAACUGUCCCUCGGGGACGAGAAAACCGUCCGUAUCAGACAAGCCCAUAGCACAAGAGUUGAUCCAUACGUUGCUCUCUCCUACUGCUGGGGCCUAGACCAGACCAUCAAGACCACUACAGUCAACUUGGCGCGACAUCAGAGAGGAAUAGAAGUCAGAAACCUGCCCAAAACUAUACGGGACGCGAUUCAUGUCACCCGACAAUUGGGUGUAAAACUCCUCUGGGUCGACAGCCUCUGCAUUGUCCAAAACGAUCCUGCCCUUUUAGCCAGAGAGGUCGGUGAUAUGGCUCAUUACUACGCCAACUCUAUAAUCACAAUUUCCGCGGCAGUAGCCAAAAGUUGUUCUGAAGGAUUCCUCAGCCCGCCUAACACGACAGGACCGGAUGGUUAUGUAGGAUUCUACUUCCCUUUUGCCGGUGACCCUCGCCUUGACGACUCGUCCAAAAGACGCUUGAAGCUCUUUCGUGGUGAGGCGCGAGACGAGAUUGACCAUAUCGAUACCCGGGCUUGGACAUUGCAAGAGUCUCUGUUGGCCACUCGGUUGGUCUCCUUUGGCACUCGCCGGAUAUCCUGGGCUUGUAUGACCACUAGAUUCGGUCCAAGCUCAGGUGCUGCAUCACUCCGGGAUGAUAUGUUCAAGACCCGCCACUGGGUGGGAUACAGGGAUAGGAUCCUAUGGUCCAAGAUUGUGGAAGAGUUCUCGCAGCGGACACUUUCCGUUCCUGGAGACCGGCUGUUGGCCAUCUCAGGAGUUGCCCAAACACUUGGGAACUUGGUCAACCCGUCGGGUGAUAUCGACACAUCUCCAUACGCUGCAGGGCUAUGGAAUACGCAUCUCCUCCCACUACAACUCUUGUGGAUGCCAAAGAAGCCCCUCACUCCGCAGCUGUCUUCCUCCUACAUAGCGCCGUCUUGGUCCUGGGCGAGCUUUCCAGGAGCCGUCGUCUGGCACCUGCCUGACUUAACCCACCUUGACUCGUCAAUUACAUCGCGGGCGGACGGCAUAGGUCUCUCGCCAUUGCCGGAAGUGGUCGCUGUCUCAGUGGAGCCUGUCAUCGACGUCGCACCAUAUGGAGGUGUCGUAUCAGGAUGCAUCACCUUACGAGGCAAGGCUUUUAGCCGUAUGAACGAAGUCAUCACGCCUUGGCAUAUCCAAAUGCGCUUCGACUCUGGAGCAGAGUUGCAUUCGUUGAAAGACUUGCCUUCGGAGUUCAUUUGUUUCCAUAUACUUGGUUAUGUGAUAGAAGAUGACAGUCCGCUAGAUCAUCAUGACCAGCGUCUAGGCAAAAAUUCACAAGGUUUGAUUCUUGGAAGGGCGCAAGAUGGGACAUACCGUCGUGUUGGACUCUACGUAGGCCUGGACAUAGGCGACCGUCUGCGCAUGAUAGAAACUAUGAUAGAGGUCACACUACACUAA